AUGGCUCAAACCACACAAUCCAACACCGAAAAGCCUAAAAACGUCGGUCACGGAGUCAAGGACAUGGUCUCUGCAUUAACUGACCACAUUUCUGGUCUUCACAAGCCUGGUUCAAGCCACCAGCAUCAUGAGGAUGAAGAUGGGCAUGGAGUGAGAAUCAUCACACUUGCUGGAACAAACGCUGGUGCAACAAUGAGAAGUGAACUGCAGGACGACAAGGACUUGUCGAUUGGCGAUCAGCCUGAACCGAUGAAUACUUAUGUGAACAGCAACUUUCAAGCUGUGAACAAUUCAAUUAUGAUGGAGAGCAGCUAUAGCACCAAUGAUCCAGGUGUUCAUAUGGAAGUCUCGGAUAUCUUCGAGCAGAAGCACGGUGGCGGAAAGAUGGAGAAACAUGGGAAGAAGGAGAAAGAGGCCUUCAAAAGGGAUCAGCAGACUGACCAUUCUGAUUGA